UUGGGAGCUGGGGUAUUAUCCCCAGGCAAUUCACAGUCAAUUUGCCAUGCUGUAAUAGAUGCUUUCUCUAUUGUCCCAGGGCACGCAGGGAUUGGCUAUCGACUGUGGGAAACUCAAAGUCGCUCAGGCUCCAGACAUUUGUAUGCAGCCAGGGAGUAUAAAUAGAGGCUCUCGCUGCUCCCUUCUCCACCCGCGAACCAGCAGCUCCCAGCUGAAACCAGCGCUCAGGAUAAUGGCACCCACUGCUCUCUCCCUGGAAAUCCUAACGCCCAAAGAGAAGAACAGACUCAGGAAACCUCUUGUGGAGAAACUGCGCCGGGAUCGGAUUAACAGCAGCAUCGAGCAGCUGAAGCUGCUCCUGGAGAAGGAGUUCCAGAGGCACCAGCCCAACUCCAAGCUGGAGAAAGCAGACAUCCUGGAGAUGACUGUCAGCUACCUGAAAUACAGCCGAGCUUUUGCAGCCUCUGCCAAGAGCCUGCAGCAGGAUUACUGUGAAGGCUAUGCCUGGUGCCUCAAGGAAGCUCUGCAGUUCCUGUCUCUGCACUCAGCAAGCACAGAAACCCGCAUGAAGCUGAUCUGCCAUUUCCAGAGGUCACAAGCAGCGCCCAAGGACUCUGGCUCUUCUUCUGCAUCACCUUCCACCCACCAGCCCCCAGCAAAACAAGCAGCACUGAAACCCUCCUGCAGCCUCUGGAGGCCUUGGUAGGCCAAGAGCACUCUCACAUCUUCCCCGGACAUUUGCUGUACUCCAGAGGAGACUGUGACUUGCUGUCCAAGUCCCCCCCACUCCUCUCCUGAGUAGGGAAGAAUCUUUUCCUCUUUUGCAGAGCAUUACUAUGCUCGGAUGUCUGCUUCCCUUCUUCCAGAAGGACUGAGAUGAUCCCACCACGUGGAGAGAGAGUUGUUCUAAAAGAACCUGAGAUGUACUCCUCCUGCUAGGAGGGCUGAGAGGUGUUGUUCAGAGAAGAACACCAACUGUUCUUAACCUUAGUGAGGUUGCAUGUGUGUCUCUCUUGAGAAAGCAGUAACUUCUGAGACGUUGUGGCUAGCAUUUUCACAAGUGUCCAUCCAGGAGGAGCCUUUCCCUCUGGCCUGCCCCACUUGAGACUCCUAACUGUCCCAAGCUAUCACACCCGUGCUGCCUGGCUGCAGCUGUAGCCACGGGGACCCCAGGUGUCUCAAGCAGAGCAGCUGCUCAAACUGGACACAUCUGAAAAUCUAGCUUUGCUGUGGGGGCCAUAAGGGGUUCUAUAAUAUUUAUAGACUGUAUUGAGCAUGCUCUGAAAAUGGUUAAACCAUAACCCACACUAUGUAGAGGAAAUUCCUCAGGAUGUCUUGCUCACAACACGAGGGUACUGUUUGUGAGGUUCAGGAUGUGUUUGCCUUUUAUAAAGGCAAAAGCUCAAUCUGAUAUCCUUAUAGGAAAGAAAGUUACAGCUGUGCUGCCGAUUUUACAGGAGAUAUUGAUCAAAGUCUUUCAUGAAAGGCAGGUGUACAAAUUGUAUUUGCUCUUUGGUACCCCAGCACCAGGGGAGAAUGUCAGUUCAUUACUGUCCUUGCAGGAUGCUAUGCCAUGUUAUGUGUGAGCUGCACCAACUGUGUAACCUGUGCCAGAAAUUAUCUUGGAACUUCAGAAGUGGCAGAAACCUU